AGCUAACGGUCAGCUUUCAGUCUACUUCCGGACGAGCGAGAGUGCGAUCGUACGGUGCCGCACGUUCAUACAAUUUCAACCUCAAAGCAUACUAAGUCUUGCCCUAAUCCCAGUCACCUUCUGCUUCUAAACGCGCUCCCAAGGUUUUACGCAUUUUCGAAGAAACCCUUCGCGUGUUGGGUUGCUUUGUUCGCGCGAACGCUUCCAGCUUUGUGGUACGGACAUACAACGGGGUUGUUUGUUUACGGAUGGAGUGACAAGACAUAAUGUAAAUCAACCGUCUGGAGAACAAAGUUUCAGUUGGAAAAGAGUGUAAAGCGUGGAAAAAACAAACCACAUUCAUUCCUGCGCCAAGUGCAUAGGGGACGUAAAACAACUAAUAAUAAUCGUUAAAACUAUCGCGACUUCAAUUGGUGAAUGUGUUUUGAAACGUGUGAAGAAUAGGUGAAAUCUGAAGAAAAAAAACUUGCGUUCCGUGAAGAAGACGCAGCUAAUUAUUACCAAACGAAUACAUAAAACAAAGCACGGUGUUUAUAAAGUUUUAGGCGCAAAGUGUUAUUAAAGCUUUACCAAACCCGAUACCCUUGCUGUCAAAACAGGCUGCAAGCAGAAGCGUAUUUUUUUUUUAGGCCCGUGUGUACAAAAGUGAUUGAUUUUCUCGGUGAUUGUGAAAAAGGCAAGGAAACCAACACUGUCCGGCAAUCUAAUCCGAAGAUGAAUCUAUCGUUUGCCGGCUGUGGUUUUCUCGGCAUCUAUCAUGUCGGUGUUGCGGUGGCGUUCAAGAAAUAUGCACCUCAUCUGCUGCUGCACCGCAUCAGUGGCGCAUCGGCCGGAGCCCUUGCCGCCUGCUGUCUGCUCUGCGAUAUGCCAUUAGGUGAAAUGACGUCCGAUUUCUUCCGCGUAGUCAACGAAGCCCGAUCACACUCGCUAGGCCCAUUUAGCCCCCGGUUCAACAUACAGACCUGUCUGCUGGAAGGACUGCAGAAAUUUUUGCCCCCGGAUGCGCACGAACGUGUCAAUGGCAAGUUGCACAUCUCCCUGACCCGUGUGUACGAUGGCAAGAACGUGAUCGUGUCACAGUUCAAUAGCCGCGAGGACCUUCUACAGGCACUUCUUUGUGCGUGCUUCAUUCCGGUGUUUUCGGGUCUUUUACCACCCCGAUUCCAUGGCGUACGAUACAUGGAUGGUGCAUUUUCCGACAACUUACCAACGCUGGACGAGAACACGGUCACGGUCAGUCCGUUCUGUGGCGAAAGUGACAUCUGCCCACGUGACAAUAGUUCGCAGAUGUUUCACGUUAACUGGGCUAACACUAGUAUUGAACUUUCGAAGGAGAAUAUUAACCGAUUCGGUCGCAUCCUUUUCCCACCGAAGCCGGAAAUACUGUCCUCCUUUUGUCAGCAGGGAUUCGACGAUGCGCUCAACUUUCUGCAUCGAAACAAUCUCAUCAGCUGCACGCGCUGUCUAGCCGUCCAGUCGACAUUCGUUGUAGCGGAGCAACCGUCACCGAACCUGGAGGAACAGAUCCUGGAAGAAUACGAUCCCGAGUGUAGCGAAUGCAAGGAGUGUACGCAGCAUCGUAAGAAUGCGCUGGUUGGCAGCAUGCCCGACAAUGUGCUAACCGUGUUCCAGACGUACAUCGAGCAGGCGAACAAGGGUUUAAUCAACUGGGUGUUUCGCCAUCGGGGUGGCAAACUGCUGGCCGCACUAUCGCUUCCCGCCAUUUUGCCAGCCGAUAUCGUGUGUGCCACACUGACUAAACUGAUGGGUGCGGCACCAUCGAUAGGGAAACAAAUAUGGGCGAUGAGCGAGUAUGUGCUGAAGAACUUAAACACGAUCCUGCUAAAGGUGCGACGGCGACAGAAGCAACAACAGCAACUGACCGCGAACCUACAGUGCCAGAUUGCGCUUACGGAAUAUAAUCAAAGCGUCGGUCAACAACAUCACCAGCACAGCCAUCGUAGUUCGAUCAUCGACAUGCGAAUGGAUGAUGGAAAAACUUUCAGCAAAGAAAUUACUCCGACCUACACCUCUGGACAUCAUUCGGCGAUGGGUGAUAUCGAUGCUUUCGAUCACAUACUGCAAGUGUCCUCGCAUCACGACGCAAUGUACGCUUACUAUUACAUGGACGAAGACAAUAAGGUUAAGGUAACGGAGAUAUUCGACAUGAGUGAGAGCGAUAAUCCUGCCCUACAAACGGCCAACGAGCUCGAGGCGAACCAGCAGCUGGAGUUCGAUAACGACUGGGAAACAACACAGCCAGAUUUCCUCUACGCCAACUCGUACGGUGGAGACAAUAUAAUUGACAUCGAAGAGUAUAUCGAUCCCAGCAUCUUUAUGACUGGUAACCAUCAUCACCUCAUGAGCGGCAACAACAAUAACAACAACGGCGGCCUCAAUACGCUAACGCAGUAUCCGAUCAAUCCGUGGGAAUGCUCGCAAGUACAAAUCGAAGAGCUGUCAACGGACUUUAACGAUCCCUCGCUGGAACCGGAAGCGGAUCAGCAGACGAGCCUCAUGUCAGAAUCAGCAACCCUCCUGCUAAGCAAACCACCCUCUUCGUACUCGAUUGAGAUGUAACCAUAGCGCUGGCUAUCGCAAUCUCAAACUUAGGUGAAUAAUUUUACGUAAAACGGAUCACGAAAAUGUAGGCGGCAUGUGAAUCGUGAAUUAACCAUAGGCAGGCUGCUAUCUCUCGUCUAUCACACGAGGUGAGGGUGAGAAAUAGUGCUGCUCGGCAUUGUCACAUUAUGUGGGUUAGAACGAAACGUUACCGAAAAUGAUAUUACCAUUUAGUAGCGACCAAAGUUACCUUUAUCGUGCACUUUCAUUCCCGGGUGUGUUUGGAGGCGCUUUUAAAGCCAAAACAAGCUUAUGCCACGUUAUAAUGCGGCAUCAUUGCCAUGCCUCGGGAGGCAAAUGAUCCGUUGGAAGCGUGGACCUGAAAACACUAAACAAGUGGGACCAUAAAUAGGAGCAGUGACUCCAAUAUCAGAAGACUUACCCGAACUGAACGUUUACGCAAAGGACGGCAAACGUGCACUGCUUGUGUAGAAAAAGGGAAAUGGGAAACGGGAUAGCUGCAAGCGGCGUGAUCGUGUAUAGGCUUGCACACGUAGGCAGGAACCUAUUAUCAGUAAGAGUAACACAUUUGCAAAACAAUGCGGCUCGAUCGAGUAAACGGUUCGAAUAGUAUGGCCAAUAUGGUGUACAUAGAGUAUUUUUGUAUUGUGUACGGUCGUCCGGAUCGCUGGCACGACGGCCUUUUAUUACAAUCGAGUACACAAACCACAGUGAGAGGGAUACCUUCGUAGGACAUUGAUGAUUAGACGAUCGUAUCGGUUACAUAGAUAAUUUUAAUGUAGAAUUAAUGUUCCUCUUUAUUUCUUCGCCUCUUCCCUCACUUGAUCAUUCUCAAUCCAAUGUUCUGUUUGCUUUAACCUAUCAUUCUUCUGCCAUCGAGAAGAAUUUUUAAACGUACGUAACGUCAACCAAAAAAAAACAAGAACAAUACGAUACCUUUGCUUUAAUACCAAGACAGCUUUUGUAAGAGGCAACUUUUAAACGGAUGUGAUUUUGAAUGCAAGUAUAUGUGAAAACGAAACGUAAGGUGUUAGUGUGGUUAUGGUUCAUUUUAGUAACCGAAUAAUUUAUCAGUCCUUCUCCUUCGUCUGAUUUCCGACUCGUCGUUUCUGUUCUACUCGUCGCCGUGAUAUUGAUAUUAGAAUGCUCGUUCGAAGAGAGUGUAAUGCAGAGCAACAAACAUAACAAAACAAA